GGAAAAUCUCGCGUUCAAAGUGGCUAAGAGCGUAAGUCCCCGUCGAGCGCACCAGGAGUGCUCCAGCGGGGUGGACGGUGUGCAGGUGCAGGCGGCGGCGCAGGUGCAGCAGCAGCAGGAGAGGCGAACACCGAGGCGCAUGCCUUACCUGGGGCCUGACAUGACAACCCGGCUGUCAGCCAUGUUCUACACGGUCGAGGUCGGGGACACCAAGUUCACCAUCCUGAAGCGCUACCAAAACCUCAAGCCUAUCGGAUCGGGCGCGCAGGGAAUAGUCUGUGCGGCGUACGAUACCGUCACUGCGCAAAAUGUGGCAAUCAAGAAGCUGUCCAGACCUUUUCAAAACGUGACGCACGCGAAGAGGGCCUACAGAGAGUUCAAGCUCAUGAAACUGGUCAAUCACAAAAACAUAAUCGGUCUCCUGAACGCGUUCACGCCGCAACGGUCGCUGGACGAGUUUCAAGACGUGUAUUUGGUGAUGGAGCUCAUGGACGCGAACCUUUGCCAGGUGAUCCAGAUGGAUCUGGAUCACGAGCGCAUGUCGUACCUCCUCUAUCAGAUGCUGUGCGGCAUCAAGCAUUUGCACUCCGCUGGCAUUAUACACAGGGAUCUAAAGCCAAGCAAUAUUGUUGUAAAAUCUGACUGCACGCUGAAGAUUCUCGACUUUGGCUUGGCGAGGACCGCUGGUACCACAUUCAUGAUGACGCCCUACGUCGUCACGCGGUAUUACCGGGCGCCAGAGGUGAUUCUGGGCAUGGGAUACAAGGAGAACGUAGAUAUCUGGUCGGUAGGCUGCAUCAUGGGCGAGAUGAUACGCGGUGGUGUACUGUUCCCUGGUACGGAUCACAUCGAUCAGUGGAAUAAAAUAAUCGAGCAACUUGGCACACCGGCGCAGGAAUUUAUGCAACGACUGCAGCCUACCGUCAGAAAUUACGUGGAGAACAGGCCACGAUAUCCAGGCUAUCCCUUCGAGAGGCUAUUUCCGGACGUCCUAUUCCCCUCGGACUCCUCGGAACACAAUAGAUUAAAAGCGAGCCAAGCCAGGGAUCUAUUGUCGCGCAUGCUCGUGAUCGACCCGGAACGACGCAUCUCCGUGGACGAGGCGUUGCUGCACAAUUACAUAAACGUCUGGUAUGACGAGGGGGAAGUCAAUGCUCCCGCACCUGGUCCAUAUGACCAUAGUGUAGACGAGAGGGAACACACGGUGGAUCAGUGGAAGGAGCUAAUUUAUCAAGAAGUGAUGGAGUACGAAACAAGUCACAAUCCCGCGGCGGUUGCUCAGUCGUCAGAGAGCGCUGGGAGCCGGUAGAUACCGCGGAGUAGCAGCCCAUCCACGGUCCCUAUCUCGUCGAGGAAGCAUCCGAAUAGUCUGACUUAUCGCCUGGACAUCGCCGGAGCGUCGUAGCGAGAGAGGAAAGCGAAAUUGGAAAAAGAAAGAAGUGGAAAGAACGAUAAAAAUAGAAAGAAGAUAAAUCGACAUCCACCAACUUAUCUCUCUCUCCUUCGAGAAAGUAAGAAAUGCAAAUGGGGAAAAACAUGGAUAGGGAAGAAGUUUACUCUAUCGAGUAUCAUAGAGGGACAAAUCAUAGUUUUUUGGCAGCACAUGUGAUCGAGUGACGAAACUAGUCUCGAAGAUGAUUAGUUAAUAAUCUUCUCCCAUUUUUCUCUCUCCUGAAAUGAUUUUAGUGACCUGGAUAAAUGCUCCUUUAGGGGAGGGGAGGGGUGAGACUCGCGACCGCCAUGCGUCACCUUUGACAGGUGCCACCGAACACCUUCGUCGCUUUCUUUGCGCUUUAUCAGAGCAAAUGGAAGUUGAUAAGGAUCGCGGGAGAUCUUCAUGGUCGGAGGACAAAUUCGCGGAGAAGAGGAUCAGAAAGGGAACGGAUGGAACUGCCUGGAUGAAGAAGAAAUUAUCGCGUCGCGCGUUGUCUCCUCAACUACUGCCAGCCUGGGUUGUUGGACGCUUCUUCCCUUCAGUUUAUUCGUUUCCUUGAAUCUAUACGCGAACUCUUCAAACACCUUCUCCGGGAACCUUAAGUCCUUGUUUCACAGUACGAUUUUUCUAUAUCGGUUCCUCGUCGCAUCUACUUGACUUUCCCUUUUGGUAUAAAUUUAUUCGCUCUGCAACUUGAAAGCGAACGUCGUUCGCACUUUCUGGUCGUUCUAUGAUGGACGAUAUUUGCCGUGCAUUUUAUAGCAAUAAAGUCGACGCGAAAGAUAAACGACAUAGAAAUAUCGUUUCUGUGAUGAUCGUUUUAAGAUUUUACAAUCGUCGAAAGGUAAUCGUUCCUUUAACUUCCGGAUGAUUAAGUGAUCGAUCGCCCGUUUACAGCUUCCGAAAAGAUCGAUUGAGCGCAUUUAUCAUUUGCGCGCGGACAACAUAUAUAUACUAUAUAUUUUUCGUACCAUUGUUAAGCACAUACGGGAACACACGAUUCUGAAUCAUUGUAUUGUAAUUUUUUAAUGUGACCACCCAACACUCCUUCGGAGUACAAGGUACAAAGAUACCAGUAAGAAAAAAUAUAUUACAGAGCUUAUAAUCGCUCGAUCGUCAUGUCGCGGGUGUAGCGGGCGAUCACCAGGAUGAGGCUAUCCUUAGGCUUUCGUUUCAUUAAGUCGCUAGAAGGCGCGAGGGAAAAUAUAAGUUAGGUAUAUUUGUUAAUAUUUAAUUAAUGUGGCUCCGUACGACAUAUGCAUGCCGCGUAAUGCAAUGAAGCGUGUAAGAGACACAAGGGAAAUAGAAGUGAUGCGUUAUAUACGCCGAGUCUCGAAACCGAUCGUAUCGUGAAAGGAAAAGGGACGCGAUCGAUGGAAUAUAGGAUUUUUUGUACAUAAUAAUUCAUUAUUGUGAAUUUAGUGCUGUGUGUGAACGAGAGUGUCCGCACGAUCUCGCGCGAUACUGAUUUCUUUCGUGUACCUUUCGUUCGGAUACUUUGCAUCUCCGCUCUGUGUGCUUUCGUCUCGGUUGUUACCAGUGCCAGUAGAUACACGAUUAUCAUGAUCCUUCAUAUUUGUAGUUUCGUAGUCGUAAGAACGAUUGGCGAACGCUGAUUAAUUUUAUUGUGUCGACAGGAAGAAACUGAAAGGAGAAUGAGGUAGUGCAAUGUCACAACGAUCGAUCUCUUCGGGGAUACUGCGAUCCCGCGAUUACCGAUUAUUACCUUUAGUAGUACGAGUAGUAGCGCGAUAAACAAUACUACUCUCUUCUCGUGCAAUCUCGCGUACAAUGUAUCGCGCGAUUAAUUCACGGUGCUUAAUAUUUUGCAAUCGGCAAAGUAAUCGAGAAAAUUUCGAUUUUAAAUCGACGCAAUAAUCGGUAGAAUAAUAACUACACUUUGAUCGCGCAUAGAAAGCGGCGAAAAGGGACGAUUUUCCCUUAGUUUGUUUGCGAAGAUGUGAAUCUUUGCCGAACGUUUUUGAUUUUUGAUUUUUUUUAAUAGAUCGUGUGAUUCGUAUCUUAUAUAGGAGAAUAUAAAAAAGGAAGCACUUUUCUUGACUAGAAUAUCGCAAAACGGUAACAUAUUAAUGGACGAGGGUGAACUGGGUUAGGAGAGCCGAUGACGAUGCUGAUGAUGAUAAUGAUGAUAACUAUGAAAUAAUUGUAUUUAUUACGUGAAUCGACGAGGAGAAUUUACAAAUAAAUAGCGAAUCAAUGAAUGAUGAUGAAGAAUAAUUGUAUAAUGUAAACGUUAAAUUUUUAUUUUCCACGACGAUAGUUAUGUGAAUAUAUUGCUACAGUCCGAUCCAAAUAUAAUCAAGCUUUUGUAACACUAAUUAUAAUAAAAAAUCUAAUGAUACUGCUAAUUACACGUAAUUGUAUCGCACACACACGGUUAAAAUUAUGAAGCAUGAAGUUACAAAUAAGCGGUCUCGAAUUUUGUCGCGUGUACGGAAGCGGAGAGUAGUGCGCCAAAAAUCUUUACAAAUUCAACUAGUUACUCGUCGCGCUGUAGACCCGCGACGAAUGUCCUUUUCCAUCAACGCAUUUCUUUCUCAUAUUAACAUUGUGUAUAUGUCCCAUGCGCAUAUUACGAACGAGCUUCUUCAUUACGAAUCUAAGAAGAAAUUAGAGAACACCUUUGGCAUUCUUUCGCCGCACUAUUUUUUACUCUACAUGCCUAAUUGGUCAUCAAAAACGUAUACACGUAUAUACAAAUUGUUGUAUUUUGCAAUACAUUUCAUCGAAAGUAAUGUGAUUAAGAUUAAAAGGUAACACACCUUACCGGCGUUCUAGGCGUUAAUCUCGUAAAAAAUAAGUUUAACUAAAAAGAUUGUUCUAUGUAGUUAUGUUUUCUCAGUCUUCAGUAAUUGGAGAUUGGACACAAAAUUCUAAUUAGACAAUAAAUUCAAACUUUUUUGGUUGUCUGUUAAAGAUAGCCUUUCAAGAAGAAAUCAUAUUUGUAACAUCUCACAUAAUGUAUCUUCAAAUAACAAAAAUUUUUUUUAGAGCAAUCUCUUAUAGAAUGAAAUCCAUCUAGUCUUGGAUUCGGCAAUUUCUUCUUCUUUUUCAGAGUGACAUUUCGAUGUUUUAGCGUGGACUAGUUAUAAUCUUUUCUGCCCUGCCACUUCGCAAAUUCGUUGUGUACAUGUUAUUCUGAAAACAAACGCGUAAUGUAGGAGAUAUAUUUUACGGGUCCUUGCCAUUACCACAAACAUUAAGUAAAGUCAAUUAUAUUUAAUCAGCGGACGAUACUUAGCAGUUAAAAAAAACGUACCCAAAUUAUAUCUCUUGGGCAUUUGCACCUGCACACAGGGUAAUUUCUGCGUGUACUCACAGGGUGACUAUUGUCGAACUUAAGCGAAAAAAAAAAAACACAAGGAACGGAAAAGAUGCAAGAAAAAACCCAGAAAAAAAGUUGUAGCUAUUCCAAAAGGCGGAGACGAGGCGCGGUUAAGGGUGAGAAUGUGAGAUGAAAGAAAGAUAGAGCGCACGCGCGUAAGAAAGAGAGAGAGAUACAACUAUUUUUCCAUUUUACAAGCUGCAAAAAGUCUUUUUCUUCGCACAGUGAGCGCGCUGAAGGAAAACUCGGUGAACUAUGUGAUUCCUGAUGAAAUUUCGUCCAGCUCCUUCUUGUGAGCCAGCACAAUCUUUUAAAUCACUUUCAAGAAUCGCUUGCGACAUUUCUUUCCCGUCUGCGAUGCGAGAAAGAGUAAGAAAAGGAGAGAGAUACUAAGAGAAAAAGAAAGAGAGAGAGAGAGAGAAAAAUCAAGAAUUUUGUAAUAUUCGCUACUAUAAAAUCUCUCCCCGCGAUAUUUGUACCUAUAUACAUAUACCGCAAGACAGAAUUUCUAAAGAUUUUUGGAUAUACGCCGUAAAAAAAGAGAGAAAGAGAAUGAGAGCGAGAGCGAACGAGAGAGCGAGAGAGCGAAAUGACAAUUAUAUUUGCCCGGUUUCGGAAACUUUUACAGAGCGAACGAUAGGAGGGAGGGGUGGGGGUGACACGACCCGGAUCACACCGGAGGACGUCGUCCUCGAUCAACAUUCUGUGUGUGUGUGUUUACACACGUAGGCAGUCAGACACAUAAAAUAAACACACACACGCACACACACACACACACACACAGAUAUAGGUACACAUACGUACAUACCGUAGUUGUGGCAACUCUUACCACGUUCUUCUCGUUUCCAUAGUUAAAGCAAGCGUAGUAGCAAGGAUAAUAAAUGAUAGCGAGUAACGAUAUAACGAGUAAACAUAAUAAAUAGUAAAGGAUAAUAAUAAAAAUAAACAGAAGAGUAAAGGAUACUAUUCGCAGAGUUGUGUAGAGAGGAAAUAGGAUGGAGGGAUGUAUCCGCCCGGUGUGUGCAUCUAGUACAAAGCCGCGCUUUCGACAAUUCCCCAGUGCGUCUCUUCAGGCAAUCGCACUUAAUCGGCUCGAAACUCAUUUUAACCCACUCUUCUCACAAUACGUAGAACAUGACUGUAUACGACGAUUGUUAUAUUCGCGGCGAACGCGCUCGGAACGCGCAAUAUCGGUGGCAAAUAGAAAAAUAGGAAGAAGGAGAAAUAAGAGCGAGAGAAAACGACUGUAGAGAAUAGCGGAUAUCUUUCAGUCACGUGCCUUCUUGACACCCUUGGAAGAGAAACCACAUUUGUUAGAACACUUGAGACCGAAAGACGACAAGGAACAAGGAUAGGGAUAAAUGAAGAACGAAGACGUCAGUUUAACAGUGAAAGAGAUAAUAAUUCUGUUCUCUCAGCGACAUCGAGUUCCUUAUAUUUUAUUCUGAACAUUUUCUAUAAAAGCUUUGUGGAACUUCGUCGCUCUCUGUUAAAGUAACGUCUUCGAAGAUUGAAUAUUGAUCGGAAUUCAAUUGUAAGCAAUAAUUUAUAUUGAUUAACGACGUAGGGGAAUCAAGAAUAGAUAUUAAGACUCAACAUUCUUAACAAUUACAAAAUAUUAUUAAUGAAGCGUGACACAUUUUCUCUUCUCAUUUCUUGAAUUUUAUUCCCGGUUGUUGUCGCUUCUCGCAUUUCGGGCUCGUUCGUUCCACGUUCUUACAUCAUUUAAAGAUACUGCGACCGUAUUGCGCGUUCGUGAGGCAGGACCGAGUUGUUGACUCACGAGGAUUCCGUUAACGUCUUGACGGCCGCCGAAAUCGCUUCCGAAACCAGGGAAAAUCUCGACCCGUACAUUAUAUACAUUCAUAUAGAAUCUAGAGUGUAAAUGAAAAAAAAGAGAGAAAGAGGGGGGGAUACCUGGUAGAAACCGUGAUUAAUACGAGGGCGACGAUAAUUAACGAUUAAUUAAUAAAUCGGUUAGAAAACAAGAGAGAAAGUGUGCGUUUGUAUGUGCGUUUAUGUGUGCGUGUGCGCGCGUGUGAUACAAACGAUAAUCCUUUUUCUUAGCGCGAUAAAGGGGACAAUGUAACAUAAAUGGAAUAUUUUGAAAGAUGGAUAGGAAGGCAGAGAGGGUGGAACAAGGCACGGAGGGGACAAGGGGAAGAUAGAGAGAUUGAUGAAGAGAAACAAAAAAUAAUAAUGUCCAUGUUGCUAAACUUAGCGAUGAGGUAGAUAUCGCGCAUAGGCGACGUCUUAGUUUAUAAAGUAAAUUAGUUCUUAGGAUGCAAGUGAAAGUGAGAGAACGAGAGAAAAUUGGAAAGAAAGAAUGAAAUGGAGAGAGAGAGAGAGAGAAAGAAAGGAAACAUACAAACACAGAAACAGGGAUACACACAGAACAGAGUAGUGUUCUACGUUAUCACGUUAGGCUAUCUCUAGAUAAAUAUCAAGAAUCUGUUCCUUCGUACGUAGCAAAAAAAUAUAGCGCCGGAUACGCCGACAAGGGACUUUCGGCACUUCCGAAAACAGAAGUGCUCUUCCUGUUUCACGCGUACGAGGAUGCGAAACACAGAGGUUCUGAAAUCGGUUGACGAGCAUUAAUCUUUCAAUGCCACGUGGGAUGGAGAAUUUUCGAAUUUCUUUCAGCUUGAGAGAUUUCGUCAGUUUGCGACAAAUUUUUGUUGGAUUAAAAUAUUAAAAAAAACGCAUCAUACGAUGCAGG